GUUCUGGGACAGCCCUGGCGUCUGGCAGCGGACUAGGAGAGACAUGCUGUUUUGUUUAAAUCCUCCACAUUCUUUGCCAUUUCCCCAUUGGCCGGAUGGGGCUACCCUCCCCGCCGCGGCCGCUGCUGAUGUCAGCCUCGCUGCUCUCGCUCCUCCCGCACCCACCUCCCUGCCCCAGGCACACUGCAGCUCGGCGCGGACUCUCCAGUCGCGGCGAGGUGGCUGCAAACUCACGGGCACGCACGGCGCUCGCUGAGCCGAGGGACUCGGGGGAGGGGACGCGCGCAAGGCACUGGCAGCCAACCGCCGAGGUUGAAGACACCCGGGGCCCAGAGCAGGGUAGAACCCUGGCGGCUGCGGCUUCCCUUUUCUCUCUCAGCUGAGCUCCGGAGAGACUCGGGGACUGGCCCUAAAAAGAGCCAGGAAAUCUUGUUUACCGCCCGGGGAGAGGAGCCCAUCGAGCCUUUGUUUGGAAAGUCAGCAUCGCCUGCUCCCGCGGCAAUGUGUUCCUGGUGACAUUAACCCAGGGUAGACGAGUAGGAGAAAAGGGGGCUCGCCAGGUUCAGCUCUGCUUUCGGAGGAGGAUCCAGACGCGACUUUUGUGCGUUUGUCUGAAUUUGUGAAAAUCCCUUUUCUCCCUCCUUUUGCUUCUCUUGCCCGCCGCCGGGCAUGUCCUGAUCUGGUGGCCGCGCCUACCAGCCCGGGGCUGCUGAUCCGAGCUAUCUCCCGCGGGUCUCCCUCCCUCAGUGCCUGACUUUGCAAUACCGAGAGGGCUGAUCUCUGCGAGGAAGGAGGCGGAGGAGUCACAGACACCGGGACCCGAAGCUUGACAUGCUCCGGGGCGGACCGGAGGCAGUUAGGAGCUGAGCGCACCACCGGGGUUGCUUCGCUCGCCGGUUCCCAGCGUCUUUGCUCUCUUCUGGGCUUCAGCCUUGCUCAUCUGUUGGGACGCCCCCUUCUUUCCUGGGAUCCGCGGCCGGCAGGAACAUGCUGCUGAAGGAGUACCGAAUCUGCAUGCCGCUCACCGUGGACGAGUACAAAAUCGGACAGCUGUAUAUGAUCAGCAAACACAGCCAUGAGCAGAGUGACCGGGGAGAAGGGGUAGAGGUCGUGCAGAAUGAGCCCUUUGAGGACCCUCACCAUGGCAACGGGCAGUUCACAGAGAAGCGAGUGUAUCUCAACAGCAAACUGCCUAGUUGGGCCAGAGCUGUUGUUCCCAAAAUAUUUUAUGUGACUGAGAAGGCAUGGAAUUAUUACCCAUACACCAUCACAGAAUACACUUGUUCCUUCCUGCCGAAAUUCUCCAUCCACAUAGAAACCAAGUAUGAAGACAACAAGGGAAGCAACGACAGUAUUUUUGACAGUGAAGCCAAAGACCUGGAGAGAGAAGUGUGCUUCAUCGAUAUCGCCUGUGAUGAAAUUCCAGAACGCUAUUACAAAGAGUCUGAGGAUCCUAAACACUUCAAGUCUGAGAAGACAGGCCGAGGGCAGCUAAGAGAAGGCUGGCGAGACAACCAUCAGCCCAUCAUGUGCUCCUACAAGCUGGUCACCGUCAAGUUCGAGGUGUGGGGUCUUCAGACCCGAGUGGAACAAUUUGUGCACAAGGUGGUCCGAGACAUCUUACUGAUUGGACACAGACAGGCCUUUGCGUGGGUUGAUGAGUGGUACGACAUGACAAUGGAUGAAGUGCGAGAGUUCGAACGAGCCACUCAGGAAGCCACCAACAAGAAGAUCGGCGUUUUCCCACCGGCCAUUUCUAUCUCCAGCAUCGCCCUACUGCCUUCCUCGGUGCGCAGCGCCCCCUCCAGCGCCCCGUCCACCCCUCUCUCCACAGAUGCACCAGAAUUUCUGUCCAUUCCCAAAGACCGGCCCCGGAAAAAAUCUGCUCCAGAGACGCUCACACUUCCAGAUCCGGAGAAAAAAGCCACCCUGAAUUUACCUGGCGUCUACGCUUCUGAAAAGCCAUGUCGGCCCAAAUCAGAGUAACUCCAUGUGAACGUCCCAUUGGAUCCUUUAUUUUCAUUUGUGGCUUCUUUAUUUUAUUUUAUUUUAUUUUUUUAAGACUCCUCGGGACGAGGAUAAGACUGCCUCUUCACUCAGAUGUGUUCUUGGAUCUCAGACUGUGCAUGUGGUUAAAUAAUCUCACAGAUAGCAAGAACCCCUACGUGUGCCACACAGCAUCAUAGUGAGUGUAGAAAGUAUAAUUUAGAAAAAAACAAAACAGGAGGUGCUGAGGACAGGGCUCAGGGGGUGGAGCUGCUGCCCUGGCCACGCCGCGGAACCCUGGGGUCCGUCCCAGCAAUGGUAAAUGAGGCAGGAGCAUCAGAAGUUCAGGGUCAGCCUCAGCUAGACACACAGUUUGAGGCCAGCCUGGGUUAUUUGAGAUAGUCAGUGUCUCAAGAACAAUCAGACAAAACCCACAGAAUAGUCUCUAGCUUUAGAUGUGGGCCAGGGAGGAAGCUUUAUUUUGGGGGCUUUGAUGAGUCUGAUGUGGACCUCAAUGGUAAAAGGGUGAAUGGAUGAGAACACUUUUUUUUUUUUUUUUUUUUUUUUGGGUAAGUGUGGUACAAUAAUGACAUCAAUUUCCUCCCAUCAAACCUGAAAUUCUCAGUAACAAAAAGAAAAAAAAAAUACUCUCAGGUGUCACAUACCUAAUUGUUAUCAUCUGGGACUGCUGACCACCAAUACUUGAAUUCCAGUUGUUAUCAAUAUUCCUAUUUUGAUUUAGUCUGACUCAGGAUUUGGAGCCUGAUUAAACUUCUUAAAUUUUUGAAAAUUUUAAUAACCAACUUCUUGAGGCUCCAAGUGCGAUUAACGAUAACGUCUUUAUACCUUUUCACAAAAUUGAAUAAAGUGCCCAUCCGUUUGCAUCUCUUUGCUUCCCCUUUCAUGCCCUGGUGGCUUCUCAAAUCUUUUAAGACUUGCCUGGGUGACUUAUGACCACAACUAAUAUAAUGUGGAAUAUUCUGGAAACAGAGAGCCCCAGGUGAGACAGACAUCUUCUCUUCAGGUACCUACAAAGUUUGACCUGUGAGCUUCAUCAUUCAUAACGAUUCUCAGAAAUUUCAACAAGCUACGUAGAAUUCAGUCUCCCAUUUGAGGAGGUUCAGAGUAGACUGAGUGACCUGAGCUUGACCACUGUCUGAACCAUGCAGAAGAGAAUCCAUCCCUCCUGGUUUAUUCUCAGUAACACCCAGAUAUUGCCCACCACCGGGCUUUAGAACACACUCCCAUCCUUCUACUCCUUCCUUAUAAUCUAAAUAUUGGGGGUUAGGAUGUAGCUCAAUUCUUGCCUAGCGUGCAGGAGGCCCUGGGUUCAGUUCCCAACCGCGCAAUAAGGAAAUAAUCUAGCUAUUGGCUGUGUCCCAGGAAUCCAGUCAAUACAGGCAAGUGGAAAAAGGCGGGGAGUGGAAUCACAGGCUCCUGUUUAUACAGAGGUGUGAUCAUAAAUGUCCCUUUUGUCUUACUCUCAUUGCUGAAUGAAGGGGGCAUGUAUGCCGACAGCUGGCAAGGUCGGUCGGUCAUCACAGUGGCAUGAAGAGAAAUCUGUCACCGUUGCCCCUCACUGGGCACACAAGGAAAGCAAGCAGGUAUAGCAAUGCCAAUCAGCAGGUAGCCAGGAGCUCUAGAGCCCAUGACCUCGCUAUCCCUUCCUGACUUGGGACUUCCAACCUUAGGAAAGGAAAUAGCCCCCAGUACAGAUCCCAAAGGAAGCAAAACAGACCGAGGAGUGUAUUCUCCUUCCCUGGCACCUCCCAGCUGAGAAACCCUGCCCGCACCCUCUCUUCGGGGCUCCACAUUCUGCAAGGUCUCCCGGGUCCACGCCCUCUCCUGCAGCACAGACGCUGGCCCCUCAAGCCCAGCACCAAAGUGUCUAGCGCGUCUAGAUCAUUUCUUGUCUACAGAUGGACAUUGCGCCUCAGUACUCAAAGGAAAGCAAUUACAAAUAUCUUAUCGUAACAGCGCAUCUUUUCCUUGAGGUGACAGUACCGUAGUAGGGUACCCUUCUUUGCAUGGUAUGGAAGCAUGAAUCUUGCUUGUGGGAAAACUGUAAUCUUUUCUCAAACUCCUCUGAACUCCUCAGCGGCUCCCUCUCCAUACAGCUGUACUCAAUGAGAAUGUCUGACUUUCAGAAGCAAAAUUCCACUCUCAGAAGACUCGGAGUUCGCCUAUGUAUCCGCUUACCAUUUGUGAGCUGAUGCGGGCUGGGGUGGGCUCAUCGGUUUCCGUGUGGUACAAGAUGAUUUUUCGCAGGUGUCUAGCCCAUCUGGCACCUAGUUUUUCCAGUAACACCACACCACUCUUCCUUUCUGUACCAGCUUUCACUGUCAAGGUCAGCAAUCUGGUUCACUUUCAAAAGCUACAUUCAUAUUCCCUCUCUGUGAGUCUUCUCUCCUUUGUAGUCAGCCCAGGACCUUUGACAUCAACUGCAGUGCUAACCUAUGAUAAUGUGAUUCUUAACCAACACGUAUGUGUUCAGUUUUUCUGUCUACAUGUGAUAUGCGUGUGUUACAAAUAGGGAAGGGGUGGGACUCUGGAUAUAUUUCAUUAGCUGCUUUGAAUAUUUAAUCCAGCCACCACAAAGCAUAAAUGACUCCGAUAUCUUGAUUUCCAAGUGUCGUUUCGCUUUGUCCUUACGUGAAUGUGCCAUUGUGGGAUCCAAGCCUUCCGAGGAAUGUGUACAUAGAACAUGAGUAAGUCUUGUGAGGAUGGAAACAAAAUGGCUGCAUGACGGAAAUUUAGGAAGACAAAAAAAAAAAUAGCAGAAACUUGAAUUGCUAAGCAUGUUUGAGGGGGAAAUAGAAUCCUUAACUCAGUGCCUAUGUCUGCCAUGUGAAAUCCUUCAGCUUUGUUCACCAAAAUUGUAUCAUACCUGUACAUAUAUACACAUGUAUAAAAUGCAGUCUAGCAAGUCACAUGCCACCAGUUCUAAGUCUCUGGCGGCCAAACUGAAUUAGUAACCCAUAGGAUAGAUAAUACAUAUGUUUACCCUUCUUCAUCUCUGACGGCGGUGGAUGCGACUAAAAUGGCCGCCAUACGUGUCUUGACUCCAGGUGGCUUCCGAAUAGGAACUAUCCCUGCAAUCUUGGUGUGGCAUGGCAGCCUCUCUUCGUCUGCACUUUCCUGGGUCCAGGUUUUGUGGUGUUUUUAUUGUAUAAGGCUUGUCUGGAACCACCCCCCAAGGAGGGUUUCCUUUUGCGCUGUCGUAAGAGAAAGCAAAGGAAAAAGAAAUUGACAUUUUUUUCUUGUCAGUUUGUUGGUGGACUUGCUUAUAAACUCUGCUAUCAUGGCUUUGCAUCUACGUGGGGACUGUUUUAACUUAUUUACAGGUAUAUGGUGUGGAAAUAAGUUAGCUCAAUGUAAUGAACACACAUACACACACACAGACAUGGACGCAUACAUGGACACACACAUGAACACACACACACAAAUAAAUAAAGUUUUAAAAGUAAAAUACACAACCUCCAAUAAUACCUCUAAAACUAAUCAUGUGUUUGUUUGUUUGUUUUUUCUUUCAUGGCCCAUAAUGAACUUUAAGCUUAAAGGCAUCUUGAUAGGAACUGUCUUCAAUGAAAAUUUCAGGGCUAAUGUGUUUAUGAAUAUUUUCAAAUUUCUCUUCCUUCAGUAUCUCUUCAAUGCUCUGAGACAACAGGGUAGCAGGGUGCCAGCCGGCUUGGAUGGAUGGGAACUUUGUUUCUGAAAAGGGCCAGCACAGAAGUGAUUAUCCUUUCAAUCUAUAAGCAGAUAAUCCAAUGGAAGGUGUCUCUUUAAAUAGUUUCCAUACUUUUCUGGUCACCUGACUGGUGGCCUAGAUGACAUUCUGCCAUCUAAGCCAUAGUUGUAAAAAAUAAAACAAAAAUAAAAAUCCUGGCCUGAGCUGUAAGUUGACAUGAAUAAACUAUAUUAAGUUCUUUAUUCUUGCUGAGAAUAAAGACACUUUGGUGCCACGCACUGUCACACUGCAUUGACACCACCACGGGCAGAUGCAAGACACCUGGGGUCCUUCUGUAUGCUGUAUCCCACCUUCAAAGUGGUCUGUCUGAGUCCAAUAUCUUACUGCUCAAGAGCCAUAGGACUUCAUGAUGUCAGAGUGUGAAUUUGUGGAGAAUUCACAGUCAGUGCCCUUAAUUGCAACUCCAUUUUAACAAAUACUUAGGAUAAGCCUCCCCACCUUCUUGCUUUUCAAGUUCAAACUGUAUCUGCAGAAUUUCAAGUUUCCUGUUCAGUUUCCCAGUGCCCCUGAGAAGAGAAGAGGUUCUAUUGAGUUGAUGUUCUAUGUCCUUGUUGCCAGUGUCAUUUCAGCAUUUACAUUUUCGAGCUGAGAUCUUGAUCGGCUAACUUAGUCAAAAUACCACUGCCACCACUGAAGGACCAGGUGUUGGAACGCAGCGUCGCAAGCAACACAAGCGGAAGUGACCCUAAUACACACACAACCCUCUGUGUCCUUUUAUGGCUGUUCUGUCGUUGAUGCCCACCCCACCCCCCAGUUAUUUAUUAUUGUUAAUAACUUACUUUUUCUUACAUUCUGUUGUAAAUAAAGUUCGAAGCAAUCUUC